CUUGGGGGACUGAACAGCACCGUGGGGUAGAUCUCUAGGGUACAGCAGAAAUCUCGGCGCUCGCCGUUCGCGAGCACGAUUUGUGAACGUAACGACACGCUCUGUGGCAAGUCGUUUAUUCAUUUUUUUUCUCUUCCAUCCACGACGGUUCCACGGGCUAAUUAUCGGUAAUAAGUUUCGGUCUAGUAGAAAUCACGUUCGGAUCUCGUGGUGAAUUUGUGACAUAUUCGAUCGAGACAUGAUAGGAUGAGGUGAAUUCGGUCUACCUUGCAAUCCGGACGAAAAAUAAUGCCUUCUAGCGGAUCCAAAGUACCUAAGGUAGACAGGUCCACAAGUCCUCUGCCACAGAAGCCCGUCAGUCCCGUCCAAGAAUUGAAAGCCUUGUUCGCCGAACCGCCCUUGAGAGUCUCAAAUGGCGGGAAAGAUCAAGAAUUCCGCUUCGAGACCAUUCAGUGUUUGCAAUCCACCAGUACGAAGGAUACAAAAUCGCUGCCGGAACGAGGAACUUGGAGCAGCAAGGUCGAGUUCAUCCUAUCUGUAGUCGGAUUAGCGAUAGGAUUAGGAAACCUGUGGCGAUUUCCUUACCUCUGCUACAAAAAUGGCGGCGGUGCGUUCAUGGUUCCUUACUUCAUCGCUCUUGCACUCGCCGGCGUGCCGAUGUUCCUAAUGGAGUUGUCUUUGGGUCAGAUGAUGACUAUAGGCGGAUUAGGCGUCUUCAAGAUAGCUCCGAUUUUCAAAGGUAUCGGAUACGCCACAUGCGUGCUCUCCUGCUGGACGAACGUGUACUACAUCAUCAUACUGGCGUGGGCGCUCUUCUACUUCUUAGUCUCGCUGCGAAUCGACGUGCCGUGGAGAACGUGCGACAACCCUUGGAACACGCAUUACUGUCUCACCACCACGGAACGUUUGGAAGCGAUGUGUUGGCCUGAAAAUGACGACACUAUAUGCGCCACUUCGCUCGGCAAUGUAAGUCACACCUUGCUGAGGGAUCCAGUGAAAGAAUUCUGGGAGAGACGUACUCUUCAAAUAUCCGACGGCGUGGAAAACGUCGGUGGUGUGAGAUGGGAACUGGCGGGCACGUUAGCCGUAGUUUGGAUCAUGUGUUACUUCUGUAUUUGGAAAGGCGUGAAAUGGACAGGAAAAGUCGUUUAUUUUACAUCGUUAUUUCCGUACGCGUUGCUGGCACUUUUGUUGGUAAGAGGAUUAACACUUCCAGGAGCGAUGGAAGGUUUGAAAUAUUACGCAACGCCAAACCUAUCGAAACUCGGCGAUCCCGAAGUGUGGAUUGACGCGGUGACGCAGAUAUUUUUCUCUUACGCGCUGGGUUUAGGAGCGUUGGUCGCCCUCGGAAGCUACAACAAGUUCAACAAUAACGUUUACAAAGAUGCACUUAUCGUUUGCACAGUGAAUUCGUGUACCAGUAUGCUUAGCGGCGUUGUCAUAUUCUCUGUAGUAGGUUUCAUGGCUCACGAACAACAAAAACCAGUUGCGGAUGUAGCUGCUUCCGGUCCAGGAUUAGCUUUCCUGGUUUAUCCUUCCGCGGUUCUUGAGUUACCUGGAUCAUCGAUUUGGGCUUGUUUAUUCUUUUUUAUGCUUAUACUUAUUGGCUUAGACAGUCAGUUUUGUACAGUUGAGGGCUUCAUAACAGCCGCGGUAGACGAGUGGCCGCACGUUCUUAGAAAGCGAAAAGAGUUGUUCAUAGCGAUUGUCUGUUUUGUCUCCUAUUUGAUCGGUCUUACUUGCGUUACCGAAGGAGGAAUGUAUGUAUUUCAAUUAUUAGACUCGUAUGCCGUCAGUGGAUUUUGUCUCCUCUUUUUAAUGUUUUUCGAAUGCAUCGCUAUCUCUUGGGCAUUCGGAGUGAACCGCUUUUAUGAUGGCAUUCGUGACAUGAUUGGUUAUUAUCCUUGUUGUUGGUGGAAGAUAUGCUGGACAUUUACUACUCCUGUCAUUUGUGUGGGUGUCUUUACAUUCAACAUAAUUAAGUUCGUCCCUGUGAAAUACCUAACGUACGAGUAUCCUUGGUGGAGUCAUGUAUUAGGAUGGCUUUCUGGCCUUUCGUCGAUGUUAUGUAUUCCGGGCUAUAUGAUUUACAUUUGGUGCACAACAUCAGGAACUACCUCUGAGAAAUUCCGAAAACUGAUCAGAAUAGAAGACGAUGUCGCGACCUUAAGAAUGAAGCUGAAUCCGAGCAAAGCCGUCGCUAUCAGCGCGGAACAUGAACUAUAAGUGCAUUGUGCUCUUAUUCGAUGACUAUCGAUGAUGCAUGUGUGUUAUUUCAAAGUAUGACUGAAGAAAAGCAUGAUUUCAUAUAUUGAACAAUAUCAUAUCACGCAAUCAUGUAAUCAUUAACCAUAACAAAUAAAAACCAAAUGCGAGUACAAAGUGAAAUGCGUUAACAAUGAUGAGAUGCAAACUUAUAAUAAAAAAGAUAUGGCUUGCAUUUCUAAAUCUAGAAUGCGAUUAAGAUAAAAUAAAUAAUUUUAUUUCUCGUAAUUUACAUAAGGUCGGUUUUGUCUACUGUAUACAACUGAAGACAACGCGUUACAUCUAAUACACAGAACUGUGUAAAACCAGAGAAAUUGCAAUUUCAUUUUUAUUUUUACAUAAAAUGUAACUUGAAUUUGUAACUUAAAGAAACAGAAAAAGAAGUAUGUUUACGAGCAAUUACAUAUUUCGUGUAACAGCA